UAUACAUCUAAUUCCAUUUGGGAAUUUCGCAAGCUAUUACCCUUGAAAAGAUUCCCUCAUGCAACAUAAGCAAUUAUGUUUAAUUUUAAUGCCAUGUAAUUCUUGAAGCUGCAUAAAUUAUUAGCCAAUUAAAAUAGAUACAAAUGUGCACCUUUUCUCACAUAUAAAAUAAAAAUGUCGUAGCUUUUUGUUCCUUUUUUUUUCUCCUUAUGACACGACUAAUCUCGAUAUAUGGUGCAAUGAAUUAUCAAUUCUUCUUUGAAGAUGGAGUAGGAAACAUUGUCGACGAAAAUGGCAAUGACCUAAUGGACAUUGAAGCGAGAUCAAAGACCUGUGAAGUAUUAGCAAAUGAAGAUAAUAUUGUUCAGUAUAUUAUAGAGGUGAAUUAUGUAACAGCUGAAAGUGCCAAAAAUAUUCCCAAAGAAAGCAAAAUAAAACUUCGUAGCCGUGACGAACUGAAAGUUCAUGCAGUUCAUCUCGUUGACAUUCACCCAAGAAAUAGUGCAGGGGUUAUCACUUUGGAACUUAAUUUGCAGCCAAGAAAUGUUCAAAGAUGGUACAAAGCUUGGACACAAAAUGGAGAUUCUUUAUUUAAGAAGGUUGGGAGACCACGUAUUAUAAAACCAGAGGGUAAGCUUGCCGUGGCCACCAAGCAUAUAGUCUCUGGUUUUUACUUCAAGUAUCCUACUGCUACUGUAGACCAACUUAUCAACAAGCUGACUGACGAUUUUGAAGAUUUUUCUAUAAAAUUGAUGAAAAAAUUAGUGAGGAAUUUGACAAAUUGGAAAAUUUAGACUUCCUUAAAUGAAAUAUACGAUCAUGUCCGAAAUAUAGAUCAUUGUCCAGUAAAUGAUCCUCUUAUAGCAUGGUUGUCUCUAACUGUUACUACGUUAUCGCUUUUAUUUUUACAAAAAGACAGUAGAACAAUACAUGCUUCACUCGAGUCUGAUCAGUUGUAUCGGUUAUGGUUUUUUUUGAAUACUAUUUUCGAUAGUUCAUCCAUAAAAUCAAUUGGGAAAAGUCGAGUUAUUCGAACUCAAAUGCUAAAAAUGCCAAAAGGAAAAUAGCUGCAAUUGAAGAAAUGGCUAGUAAGAAAAUGGGUAGAAAAAUCGAUACCAUUUAUGCAGGUGUUAACUUUGAGUUUGGUGCUCUUGAAAUUGGAAGUAAAGAUGACCAAACAA